CCAUUAUUCUCUUUCUCUAUAUAUCUCAUCAUCUCUCUGUUUUUGCUCUGUUCCGUAUCUGUACUUUGUUUUCAGUUUUCUUGAAUCUCAUCAUCUAGUUUCUUCUUCGUCGAUGACUUCUCAUGCUCCCAAACAACCUCGUGAACCCAUUGAAGAUAUGGUGAAGAACCUUAAAGUUGAUCAUCUUGCUAAGGUCUCUGCCUCCACCACUUCCAUGAAGAGCCAAUCAGAGCCAUAUUAUGAAACUCUUGAGACAUAUCAAGGCCUGCCUUGUCCUUAUGGUGGCUACUAUGGAUUCUACUAUCCAAGUCUUGAUGGUUCGGUUGGAGAAGCAAAAGAUAAUGGAUAUUAUGGUUAUGGAACAGAUGUUCAGUACCCGGUUAUGCAAGGGGAAAAUGGAUCUUUGGUCUACAUGAUGCCAGGGUUUCAAUCUUAUGAUGUUAGUCCCACUUAUAUGCCUAUAAGCCCGGCUGGUGUUUCGAGCCAGGCCCUUCACUCACCCAUGUACGCAGCUCAAGGGUAUUACCAGAACCAAUACGGUUAUGGAGAUGUUUCAUCUCCUACCUAUCUAUGGGAUCCUGUUGGAGACAAGUAUGUGUAUGGUGUUGCUUCAAACAACCAACCUUUGAAACAGAACAUAUCGUCUUCUUCUUCAAGUUAUAACCAUAGCAACUAUUACUCAAAGAGCAAGACUUCUUUCACUGGUCAUGGCAUGGGAGGUCAGCCUAGAACACCCCAAAAAAGCAGCUAUGCGCCACUCCCUCUACAUAAUGAAGAAAGAGGUGGACCGUUGAAGAAGAAGUAUGGAGCUUUAGAUCGGGAUGAAACAGCGAAGUUGAAAGCGAGAAACAAAGAAAAUGGUAGUAGCAUGAGUGCAAACGUGCAAGAAGAUGGAGAAUGUGAAUCUUGUUUGUUGGAUGAUGAAGGGAAGGGAAGAAGCAAGGGUGUAGGUUCUGUGAUCAAAAGGGAUCAGUAUAACCUCGCUAGCUUUCAGACCAAGUAUGAAGAAGCAAUUUUCUUUGUGAUAAAAUCUUACAGCGAAGACGACGUUCACAAGAGCAUCAAGUACAAUGUUUGGUCUAGUACUCUCAAUGGGAACAAGAAGUUGGACAGUGCGUAUCAAGAAGCUCAAAAGAAGGCUGCAGAGAAAGAUGGAACAUGCCCGGUCUUCCUCUUCUUCUCGGUGAAUGCAAGUGGACAGUUCUGUGGUGUAGCUGAGAUGACAGGGAGAGUGGAUUAUGAGAAGAGCAUGGACUUUUGGCAGCAAGAUAAGUGGACUGGCUAUUUUCCUGUCAAGUGGCAUAUAAUCAAAGAUGUUCCAAAUCCGCAACUAAGGCAUGUGAUACUAGAGAACAAUGAGAACAAGCCUGUAACGAAUAGCAGAGACACACAAGAGGUGAGGUUGCCACAAGGGAAUGAGGUGUUGAACAUCUUCAAGAACUAUGCAGCAAAGACAUCUAUAUUAGAUGAUUUCGAUUUUUAUGAAAACAGAGAGAGGGUUAUGGUACAGAAGAAGCUGAGGUUCAAUCCGGUAGUAAAGAAGAAAGAAGAAGACUUGGUUGCUGAGUUCGAAACAAUGGAGAUAUCAAACACAGUCAAAGAGGGGGAAACACAGACUAACUAGAAGAAGCUGUAGUGUUUUGUGGUUUGUUUUUUUAAGGAUCAACAUAAACAGUCCGAUUGCUUUGGAUUGGUUUCAUUUUAUAACAAGUGUUGCUCAAUUAUUUGUUGUAUGUUGUAAUAAUGUUUUUUUUUUUUGGUUUCCUGGGUGUUGUUUACGAUAUGUUUUGCAAUUUGUAAUCAAUAGAAUCUGGUGUUAUAGCGAAA